AUGGCGGCAGGAGCUGAAACAGAACCAUCACGUUCGUGUUUGGCCCUAACGAAGAUAAUCACAAAGUACAUUACUUCCUUCUUCUGGCCUACCCCUGUAAUCAACUGGCUGAUAGACCCCGAUCCUGAUAAUGCAUCUAGGAAGCCUUCAGACUGGGGAAAGAGACAGCCAUUUAUCAGGACACUUCAGGCAUCAAAUCUCAUCGAAAAACACUGUGGAAUUGCUAUCCUCAUGUACUUGAACAAGACAGAAGAUUACCUCUCGCCCCAAGAGACCCAACAGCUGGCCGUUCUGCUCAGGGAGCGAGGCAGGUUCGUCACUCACAAAGAACUCUUGGUCAGACAGAGCAAGGCCUUAAAUAAGAGUGUAGUCUCCAGGCUAGAAAUUCUUGAGAUACUCGUCAUUGAGCAGCGCCUCAUUUUUGGCCGUUUGAGGUGCAACUAA